CUUCCGAGGAGGAAGAAGCUCUACAGCAUGGACGACUACGGGGUCAACAUCGCUCACCGGGAAGAGCUGCACACGUCAAACGUCCCGGUUGUUCCCGCCCCUGGAGACAAGAAGAUGGCGGAAGCCUUGUGGAACCUCGUCCAUGACCAGGUCUUUCUAGGAAUGGCGGCAUCUUUCGUGCCCCCGAAGCGUGACAUCGUGGCGCUAAUCGAAGAUGUGGAGGCGGCAGGAGUGCGGUUCGUGUACUUCUCCCCUCGCAACAUGAGACGCAGCAAGGCCCUUGCCGAGAGCAUGGGGAUCGAGACCGACUGGAACUGUGCGAUUUCGCUUCGCCCGCUGGAGGACUCUUCGCAGCCGGACCCUCACAGGAUGAAGUCGUCGUAUGCAGACUGGGACGUCAAGGCUCGUCUCCCGCACGGCAUCGCCGACAUCCGAGACCACAUCGAGUCCGUAGACAAUGUGCCGCUCCUGGUCUCGCUCUUCACUGACGCCACGCCAGAGACGAUCAAGGACAUGCUCGCCAUUUACCAAGAGAAUGAUGAGUGCACGCUGGCUGUUGGCAUGUCGCACAGGGCCGUGAACGCGGAUCUAUUCCGGGCGGCGGACCUAUCCUUCUCGGUGGAGAGCCUCCCGCUGAACCAGCCUCUCUCGAGCCUCCCGGUUGCGAGCUCGUCCCGUUUCUCUGCGAUCGAUUCCGCUUUCAACAGCUCAAUCGUGGGGCUUCACACUGCCCUACCCCUGGGCGACGUGAUGCGCAGAGGGGGUGCUAUCGUCGGCCUGGACGAUGUGGGGAGUAUCAUCAUCGAUCUCAUUCGUGAGGGGAGAUGCCUGCUAACCAACACGUACCAGGCUCUGUCGUUUUUGCUCCUAGGCUCGUUUGCCGUCGCUCUACUCGUGCUUGUCGCGGCGGCUGUCCCUAUCUCGGAGCCCAUGGUCCUUCGUGGGGGGCAUCUCAUUUGGAGCCUGUGGCUGGUGGCUCCUCUGCUGGCCACGUCCUUCCUGGCCUCUCCGUCGGACGGUUCCCUGAUGAAGCGGACCCCAGAAAAGAAUGACCCCAAGGUCGUUCCGAUCGCUGGGAGGCUGGUGGUUCACCUCCUGCUUCGAACUUUCCCAACGGUUUUCAUCUGCGUCGGCUUGUACGUGGUCCUCGUCGCACAGUUCAUCAUAGCCAACGACGCCGAGUUGGUUUCCUCAUGUGGCAACGGCGAGGCGUCGGACGCCAACAGGGACUGGGUAGACAUUGUGUGGUGCCUCGCGCGGGACAACGCACGAGGGGAAAAGGCUAGGGAGGCGUCCGAGCAGGCGGUUGACCUCGUUACUCUUGAACUAGUCCUCUGCCUUGUCGCCCAGUCGGCCAGCUUCAUGACAGCUAGUAUUCGGAAAGAGCCGCCAUGGAGGAACUGGGUUUGGAACAAUUGCGUCAUCUUUAUCCUCUGUCUGCAGGUCUUCCAUCUUUGGGCGGCGGGGGCUGCCCGUGGAUCGCUACAGCUAUUGUUCAAGAGCCGAUGGGAGCCCCUCGUCGCCGGCUUCUUGUGCCCCUUUGCUGUACUGGGCAUUGCAGAACUCCUGAAGCGCAGCGACGCCCGAGUGUUUGACCGCUACGUCACGCUGCUACGGCUUGAGUUCGAUACGCGGCUAGGGAUGCAUUCCCCGAGAUAGCAAACAACGUGUUAUUGGUACAAGCACAUCUGACGCAUUGACUUGUCCCGGGGCUUAGCCCCGACGUCGUCUGAAGCCCAUCCCCGUCCCCGCCGCGCGCGGGAAUGCCUCCUGCAAAGACCUACUGCUAGGAGGUAUUUCAACGUCUGCUAUGCUGUAAAUGGCAUGGACGCCAUGCAGACGGCGGUAGAGACGCUGGUAGACAGAAAAGGGAGAGAUUUGCUUCCGCAGAAGCAUGAGGGAGUGGGGAGAGAGUAUUUGCCAACGAUCAUCCAAUACCAUACCAAGUAUUUUGGUGCUAAGAUGUCGACUAGGAUUGUCUCUCCACGACCGUUGUUUUGAUGGAAUUUUGUGACUUUGUCACGAUUAGAAUACAACAACCCCCUACGGGUGUGCGGUCGGUUUUUGCACGAUGUCAUCUUUGCGAUUUUGGAUGUUGGAGAAGGGCAAGAUGAGGGAUAGUCAGGGUCGAGGUACUAAAUACCGCAAGGGUAACCGUUUAUGAAGGUAUUCCCAACACCACCAUCCAUGGGUCAAGCCUUGUGCCUU